AGGCCCACAUCCAUGGUUGAAACUCUUCAUCUCCAAAUCAGACAUCUUUGAUUUCGAUCGGACGGUGUUUAAGAAGAUGCUGAAAGAUGGAACCGGUGGGCCCAAGCUGAUCUACCCGCUCUUGCGAAGCAAAUGGGAUAAUCGCACGUCAGUGGCGUUACCGGACAGUGAAAUCUUCUACCUGGUGGCAUUGCUCCGGUCGGUGCCGGCAGGGCCAUUGGUCGAGAAAUCGGUGGCACAAAACAAUGAGAUUGUUGAGUGGUGCAUCAGACAGGGUUUGGAUUCCAAACAAUAUUUCCCUCGUUACCAGUCCAAAGAGGACUGGAAACGACAUUUUGGGAAUCAAUGGACGAGAUUUGUGGAGAGGAAGACUAGUUUUGAUCCCAUGACUAUCCUUGCACCAGGACAAAAAAUCUUUAAAAGGACCCAUCGAUCUUAAUUACUUGGAAAACAAACUAUGGUUUCUAUUGUUAAUAUCACAUUUAUCGCACACGGUAUGCAACUUGUAAUAAAUAUGGAUGUAAUAA